CGUGCACUUGGCGACGUAAUUUAGUUUGUUUUGUUGUUGUUGCGUAGAGGUUUGAAGCAGCGCGUCUUGAAUUCGGAAAACCAGUUUGUGGAAGUGGGAAGCGGCCAACUUGGACAGCGGCAGCAGGGGAUUGACACAACUGCAACGGCAUCUCAACGGCGGCGCUAUUACAAGUCUGGCGAAAAGAAAGUUUUGACGCAAUCCACGGGCCGCCGCCUGUAAUGAAGAAGCGUCGGCGCCGCAGUCACUGCUGCACUCUGCCCGCGAACGGACGCAUCUGCUCCAGGUGAGCUCAGAUUGUAGUGCGCUGCUCUGGACAUUCAGCAACAUCAUCAUCAUCACCAUCGAGCGUGUUGCCAAUGCCUUUGUCUCUUUAUCUGAGCAGCAGCAUCGGAAUUUUGGGAACUGGACAACGGUCGCCGAGACAUCGAACAACAAAAGCGGAAAAAAGUGAAAUCGCUGAUAAACCCGAAUACCAACCGAGCUAUUGUCAAUCAAUGAACGGCCGUUUGAACCUGGAGUCAACUUGGGAGCUCUGCGAAUUGGCGGGCAAUUGGCCAUAACCGACCGAGAUAAUAGUGAAGUAAUCGCAGAGACAUACGCACGCUCCGUGGAGCAUGAUACUUAAAUGCCAUUGAAAAGUUGGCAGUCGCAGCAAUAAAAGUGAAAUCCGCACGAGCAAACAUACGCACACGAAAAGCAAAACCAAAGGUAGCUCCGACGCAGACAUGGCGGUAACCACAGGCUCCACCAGUGAGGCGACCACAACCACAACUCCCGUUCCGCGACGCAAGCACAGUACGCGGGAGCAGCUGCAUCAAAUGCUGGCCGGUGGACUUUCGGCGGCCAUUACGCGCUCCACCUGCCAGCCGCUGGACGUGCUAAAGAUCCGCUUCCAGCUGCAGGUGGAGCCGCUGGGCAAGAACGCCGCCAAGGAGGGACCAGGAGCCCUUACCUCCAAAUACACAUCCAUCGGACAGGCGGUGAAAACCAUAUACCGCGAGGAGGGAAUGUUGGCCUUCUGGAAGGGACACAAUCCUGCCCAAGUGCUGAGCAUAAUGUACGGCAUUUGUCAGUUCUGGACGUACGAGCAGCUCAGCCUGAUGGCCAAACAGACCAGCUAUCUGGCGGAUCAUCAGCAUCUAUCGAACUUCCUGUGCGGCGCUGCGGCCGGAGGAGCAGCAGUGAUCAUAUCCACGCCGCUGGACGUCAUCCGCACUCGUCUGAUUGCCCAGGACACCAGCAAGGGAUACAGGAAUGCAACAAGGGCUGUGUCGGCGAUUGUCCGCCAGGAGGGACCUCGCGGCAUGUACCGCGGUCUGUCCUCCGCCCUGCUGCAAAUAACGCCGCUGAUGGGCACCAACUUUAUGGCUUACCGCCUGUUCAGCGACUGGGCGUGUGCCUUCUUGGAGGUGAGCGAUCGCAGCCAAUUGCCCACGUGGACGCUGCUGGGAUUGGGCGCCUCCUCGGGCAUGCUAUCCAAGACGAUCGUGUAUCCCUUCGAUUUGAUCAAAAAGCGACUGCAAAUCCAGGGCUUCGAGUCGAAUCGCCAGACCUUCGGACAGACACUGCAGUGCCACGGAGUCUGGGACUGUUUGCGGCUGACCGUGCGCCAAGAGGGCGUUAGGGGCUUGUACAAGGGCGUGGCCCCCACACUCCUUAAGUCAAGCAUGACGACGGCCCUGUACUUCAGCAUUUACGAUAAGCUCAAGCAGGUGCGCUUCUAGGUCGGACUUGGAGUCGGGGUUAAUGGCGUCUGAAAGCAAUUGUGCGCCCAAACGGAAUCUACACUGUAUUUUCUAUUUUUAUAUAUAUUUACCGCAGCGCGUAAAUAAUAUUAAGACUUAGGCUAACUCUGUUGAUUAGUUUUCGGUUGUGCGUAUCUUUUCUGGGGGUUCUGUUUAUCAUAGACCAAUUGACUUGGUCAGCGCUUUAGUACACACACGAAUAGUUGGCGCACCAGUUAAGUUAUAGAUUGUAUGUGCUAGGUUGUAGUUCAUUAUUCGGCAGAGCACCUCUAUUCACAGACACAUUCAAAUUUUUAUUUAUCUUUUGUUUGAUUCGCAAACGAAACGACUGCGCUGGCAGUUCAUUUGAUAUUUAAUUAAUAUUAUUACACCUAAGUAUUCAGGGAAUUUAAUAAAUUUGACUACAUCACAAC